AUGUCUUCAAAAAAACGCACUGUCUCUGAAGUAUUGGAAGAUGACUCUGACCGUCAGACACGACGUCGGGCAGCGGUGGAGACUGUGCCAGUGCGCGAUCACUCGUUAGCAUACCCUUCAAUAUUGGCGUCGGCCAAACCGGUGCCAUUCCAACAACCCCUUCCUUUGUUGACGUUUUCGUAUACCCCGGAUCGACUGCUGGAGUUCACCGAUUCUGCGCUGAGGUACUAUGUCGAACCUCCAAAGCGUGCGGAACUCAGAUAUGGGUACGAGAGGUGGGUGCGUCGGCCAGAGGAGAAGGGCAGGCUGGAUGGUUUGCUGAAAGCUGUGUCGAAAGUGAGGACCAGGAUGGAUGCGGGUGGAAGUGACGGUGGGGCCUGGCUCAGAGAUGUCGGCGUCAUCUCGUGGAGAGGCGUCAUGACCAAAAUUUUAACAGCGCCAUAUGAACAGCGAGACGGCUGGGAGAUGAAUGUGAUGGAAGUCAAUGGCACGUUGUAUUUGGAAGAGCAUUUGUCGGAUGCCAGACUUGCAGAGAAGAACGAUAUUGUGCCGCACCAUCGAUUACAGUCUUACUACGGGUAUUCGUUUGAGUCCUGGUCAACCUCAUCCAAAUCUGGUCCCAGGGAAACAGUGGAAGGGCAUCUUCCAGGAUGGGGUGGAGACGUGGACACCAACGUGCAGUGGUGUAGUGUUGUCAAGACCAAGCUGGGGGAUACACGAAUAGUCAUAGGGGGUGAGGUGGAUUGUGUGAGGGGCACAUUCACGGGGAAGACCGAUACGUUCGUUGAGCUGAAGACUUCUCUGGCUAUAAGAGGACCUCAGGAUGAAGCUAAAUUCGAGAAGAAGCUUCUCAAAUUCUACUUCCAGUCGUUCUUGUUGGGCGUUCCUGAAAUUGUUGUCGGCUUCCGGACACCCUCAGGUCAACUGACCACGUUACAAUCGUUCAAAACAAUUGAGAUUCCCCGCCUUGUCCGUGGUAAACCGGGUGCUUGGGAUCCACUGAUCUGUCUCGACUGGGGAUACCGAUUCCUGUCUUUCCUCAAGUCCGUUAUCCAUCCGCGAUACGAUGAUACCGCUAUUCUUGUGGGUAAGGGUAACACCGAGGAAGCAAAUACGAAAGCUCGUGUGUGGCGAGUCAAAUUCGUUCAGGGUUCCGGCGUCAGCGUGUCACCACUCGACGACUCUGGCGUUGGCGAGGUGGAGGGCGACGAAGACAGAGUCGGGUUUCUUCCGAAGUGGUAUUGGGACGGACUUCAAGUACCUGAUCCUAUUCACAACAAAGAGGAAGAUGUUUCUGAGGAACCGCACAAUCAGGAUCUGGAGAGAACGACAGCGACUCCUGCUGUCAGUCUGCCACGGGGAUGGCAGAUCUAA